AUGUCCCAGCUCGAGCCCCUUCUCCCUCUGGGCGCCCCCUUCUUUUGGGCAGCACACGGGAGGCAGCAAGAGGAGGAGGAGAGGCGGAGGAAACAAGAGGAGGAAGAGAGGUGGAGGAGACAAGCGGAAGAGGAGAGGAGGAAGAGAAAAGAGGAAGAGGAGAGGCGGAGAAGACAGGAGGAGGAGAGGAGAGCCCAGCUGCAGAGAGAGGAGCAGGAGCGCAGCAAAACUAAGGAACAGCACGCUAUGGAGAACCUGGAGAAGCUGUUGAGAGUGAGCCCCCCUCAGGCCCCUCCACCACCGCCCCUGUCCACCGUCCCGCCCGCUCCGUGGCUGGGCAGCUCAGAGCGGCUGUGCCCGCCUCCUCUCACCCCUCAGACGGAGUAUGCCCGGGAGAAGCAGAGGCAGAGAGCCAUGUGGAACAGCAGCAGUACACUCUACCCUCCAUCCACACACAGUACCUCACACCCCCACAAGCCCCCGGCCAUGCAGCCUGCUCCAGGACAAGCCAAAGACUCAGCCUCUGCCAUGGCACUUAGAGAUCCUCCCAAACUCUACCAAGCCCCUCCACCACCGCCCCUCUCAGGCCCCGUGCACAAGGCCAGAGCCAGUGACUGUAAGAGCUCCACUCAGUUUGAAGAGGAGCCUUCAGAGAUGUCCACUCUCCUGCCAGACGGCCUGGCCAACAUCAUGGCCAUGCUGGAUGAGUCCAUUCAGAAGGAGGAAGAGAUGUUCCAGAAUGGAAAGAGCCUGGAGGACUUCUCCCCAGCUGUGCAGCCUAUGAAAGGAUACCCAUGUGCUCCAGACCUGCUCCCAGUGCCAAAGCACCAGGCCAAUCAAGAAGACGGGAGCUCCAACGCCCACGCCAGCCCCCCCGUGCUCAGCCGCCAGGGCUCCCUGGCCUCUCCCUGCAGCCGUACUUCAUCUCUGAACGAAGAGGAGGAGGACUACAAACAUCAGAGAGUCAUCUCCAGGGCUCAUGAUGCUGGAGCGGGGAACACAGACUACCGCCACAGUGACCUGGCCAAGCUCUAUGGGCUCCCCGAAGUGAAGAGUGAGGCAGAUGAAGAAGAGGAAGAGGAGGACUCGCCUUCCUGCUCCCCUCCACGCCAGAGACCACACCUCCACCAGACCGGGGUCAACAGCAUGUUCAAGUCUCUGGCCACAGUUCUGGAAAGCCAGAAGUACACGUACAGGGGAGGUCCGUUUGGCAGGCCCCCUCCCUCAGCGCUGCUUGGGCUCAAGUACUCGUCCUCACUGUCCCUGGGCCCAGACAUCUGCCGCCAGCAGCAGGGCACCUCCCCAGCAUCUGACUCCUCCAACCCCCCUCCCAGCCCCACUGCCCCACCUGAGUCCUGCUCCCCCCGAUCCAAGAACACUCCUGCACAGGACCAGUCCAAAGCACACGAGCCUAUCAAACCCAUCCGCCUGAUCAAAGAGGAGCAGAGGUUCACCGCCGUGUCCCAGUCUUCUCUGUCCGAGCUGGGAAAGAGCUGCGAGGUCUUGCUCAGCCGCCAAAAGCAUGACGGCUACGAGAGGACGGAGAGACACCGCAGUGAGCACAGGGACAGGGAGAGGAAGAGGGACAAGGAGAAGAGGAAGAAACACGGACGCAGCAAGCACCAGGACAGGAGUGAGAGCAGGAGACACAGAGGAGAUCCAGAUGCUUCUUCAGCCUCCUCCUCUCACUCAAGCUCCAGCCACAGGAAACACAGCAAGAGCCACAAGGACCGAAAGGAACGGCGAGUCCUGGGUGACCUCAAUACUCAGAGCAAAAGCGAGAAGAUGGCAGAAAUGUUUGAGAAGAAUCACAAAGAGUCUACCAGCAGUAGCUCCAGCAGCGAGGAGCACCACACAGGUUCUGAGGUGGCCCCCGUAGGCUCCAAUGAUCUUCUGAAGCUGAAGGCGCUGUCCGAUGGCCCGCCCAAAGAGCUGAAGAUCCGCCUGAUCAAAGUGGAGAGUGGAGACCGUGAGACGUUCAUCGCCUCAGAGGUGGAGGAGAAAAGGAUCCCUCUGAAGGACAUCAGCAUCAAGAACACAGCCAGUGAGAUCAUUCGCUCCUGCAAAGGUGCCAAAAUCAAAGGGAAGUUUAAGGAAUCAUACCUGCUCCCGGCCUUCUCCAUCAAACCCAACAUGACCGCAGACGGACCCAUCCCACGAGAGAGGCUCAACCCCCCCACGCCCAGCAUCUAUUUGGAGAGUAAAAGGGACGCCUUCUCCCCCGUGCUGCUGCAGUUCUGCACAGACCCCAAGAACCCAGUGACGGUGAUCAGAGGCUUAGCCGGGUCCCUGCGCCUCAACCUGGGCCUGUUCUCCACUAAGUCCCUGGUGGAUGCAAACUCAGACCAGUCUGUGGAGGUGAGGACGCAGGUGCAGCAGCCCGCUGACGAGAACUGGGACCCCAGCGGCACCAAGCAGACGUGGCCCUGUGAGAGCAGCCGCUCCCACACCACCAUCGCCAAGUACGCCCAGUACCAGGCCUCCAGCUUCCAGGAGAGUCUGCAGGAGGAGAAGAGCAGUUCUGAUGAAGAAGAGGAAGAGGAGAAGGAAAAGGAGAAGAAACCCUGUGCUGAAACUCUGAAGGAGAGCCCCAAGGACAGCACCAAGGAGAGCACCAGCAAUGAACAGAAACCACCAGGAAAGAUUAUCAAAUUUGGGACCAACAUUGAUCUGUCAGACCCCAAGAGAUGGAAGGCCCAGCUACAAGAGCUGCAGAAGCUGCCAGCCUUCAUGAGAGUCGCCUCCAGUGGGAACAUGCUGAGUCAUGUGGGACACACCAUCCUGGGCAUGAACACAGUGCAGCUGUACAUGAAGGUCCCAGGGAGUCGCACCCCAGGUCACCAGGAGAACAAUAACUUCUGCUCAGUGAACAUAAACAUCGGCCCCGGGGACUGUGAGUGGUUCUCAGUGCACGAGCACUACUGGCAGGCCAUCAGCGACUUCUGUGAAAAGCACGGUGUGGACUACCUGACCGGCUCAUGGUGGCCUGUGCUCCAGGAUUUGUAUGCGGCAAACAUCCCUGUGUACCGCUUCAUCCAGCGUCCCGGUGAUCUGGUGUGGAUCAACGCGGGCACGGUGCACUGGGUUCAAGCUGUGGGCUGGUGCAACAACAUCGCCUGGAAUGUGGGCCCUCUGCACGGAUACCAGUACCAGCUGGCUCUGGAGAGGUUUGAGUGGAACGAAGUAAAGAAGGUCAAAUCUAUCGUCCCCAUGAUCCACGUGUCCUGGAACGUGGCCCGUAGCCUCAAGAUCACAGACCCCGACACCUACAAGAUGAUCAAACACUGCCUGCUGCAGUCCAUGAAGCACAUUCAGAUCUUGAGGGACCAGCUGGUGGCCGAGGGGAAGAAGAUCUCGUAUCAGAGUCGUGUGAAGGAUGAGCCAGCCUACUACUGCAACGAGUGUGAUGUGGAGGUGUUUAACUUGCUGUUUGUAACCAGUGAGAACAGCAGUAGGAAGACGUACAUGGUGCACUGUGAGGACUGCGCCAGGCUCAUGAGCCCGGGCUUGGGCUCUGUGGUGGUGCUGGAGCAGUAUCGUAUGGAGGAGCUCAUGGCCGCCUAUGACGCCUUCAGCCUGGCUGCCCCCUCCAGGUGACCACGCCUCACUGCACCUCUCUGCCAAAACCAAAACACACCCACGGUUUGAAUACUACUCUCCGGUCAGACAUUGUGCUAAUCAUUACUGUUUACAAGACAUUACCACGUCACCAUCUCAUCCAGGUUACCCCAGAAUGGUGCUCAGACCUCCAGCCAGCCGCAGAUCAAACCAGGACUGGACUCAUUUCUACCCAUGUUGUUUUUUCUAAUUCUGAGGUGCUGUUUUGUAAUUUAUUGAGUUUUUUAUGAUAGAUUAGCUUAGAUAUAUACCACAUUGGCCUUGUAACGUCUAUUUAUGAGAGAGAAAAAGGAAAAAUACUACUAGAGUUAUGAACCUUUUUAACGCAUUAAGACUUUUUUGAACAAUUUGGAUUUCUUCAGAACAUACGGGUUGGCGCGACUGCUUUUCUGUGUUGUAAAUGUUUUUUAUAAAUGUUAUUUUUUGUCUUGAAUGCUCUCCUGGUGUUACCUUGGAGCUGUUCCUCUUUUGUACAUUUUUAUUUAAAUGUUUCUUCUAUUUAUUGGAAAUACCAUGAUUUUGUUCUAGGGUUUGUGAGUUCUCGUAUUGGUCGGUGAAAGGGGCUGCUGAUUUUUUGUUUUUUUUUUGGUGCUGGCCUCUCCACUCCUGCCUUUUCUCUAAAUAUAUAUAUGAAUCUUUAUCUUGAAUAUUAAUGCCACCUUUCCUGUAGACUAUAGGCACACUGCUAACAUAGACUGAGGAAUGCUGUUGUAUGCUUAUGAAAGACUUCACUUUUUUCCAAAGGGUUACUUGUAAUUUUCUAUGAUGUAGGGGGCUUUUAGGUGAAAUUGUAAGAUUUUUUGUUGAUAACAGAUUUCAUGGUGCUAAACGUUUUUGUUUUUUACUUUGUUUUUGUUCUCAUUGAAAUAAGAAUUCUAUUUUCUAUUUUUCCUGCUGCAAUAUCCCCUUUCCUUUGUGUGCUUAUUAUUUAUAGCUGCACUGUUGGAGAUUCCACAUGGACACCACACACCAAACUGAGCCAGACAUGUCUUAAACACUUGUGAAAUUGUGUGAUUCUUAAUAAACGCUCUUUGACAGUGA